AUGAGCGGCAGCGCGGUGAAGGUGAUCGGCUUCUUCGACAGCCCGUUCAGCCACCGCGCGGAGGCGGCCUUGUGCCUCAAGGGAGUUCCCUACGAGCUCAUCCAGGAGAAGGACCUGCGCAACAAGAGCGAGCUGCUGCUGCAGCACAACCCCGUGCACAAGAAGGUGCCCGUGCUCCUCCACGGCGACCGCCGCGCCGUCUGCGAGUCGCUCGUCAUCGUCGAGUACGUCGACGAGGCGUUCCAGGGCCCGCCACUCCUCCCCGCCGACCCCGCCGACCGCGCCGCCGCCCGCUUCUGGGCCCGCUUCAUCGACGACAAGGUAACAGUUAACCCCGUCCGGUUGACAUCGCAAGUUUCUUCAGGUUCGUUCGAAGUCGUGAAUCGUGAUCGAUCGAAUGGUGUGCAUGUUCCUGGACGUCGGCAGUGCUCGAAGGCGUUCUGGCUGGCGAUGUGGACGGAGGGCGAGGUGCAGAGGGGGUUCGUGAAGGAGAUCAAGGAGAACCUGAAGCUCCUGGAGGGGCAGGUCAAGGGGAAGCGGUUCUUCGGCGGCGACGCCGUGGGCUACCUCGACGUCGCCGCCAGCGCGUUCGCACACUGGCUCCCGGUCUGCGAGGAGGUCGCCGGCGUCAGCCUGGUCACCGCCGAGGAGUACCCGGACCUGUGCCGGUGGGCGAAGGAGUACACCUCCCACGACGCCGUGAAGCGGUGCCUGCCCGACAGGGAGGAGCUCCUCGCCCGUUUCAGCGCCAGGAAGGACUCGUUUGUGGCCAUGGCGAGGUCAAUGGCGCCGGCGCCGGAGAAGUAG